UCAUGACGUCCUUCCUGCUUCACUAGAGGGACACGUGCAAGUUCUAACAUCUCUGAGUCGAGGGGGAAGGCUUCAAACUUCAGCAUUUAUACUGUCCCGAUAGGUGUACAGUUUUGAUUUUCUUGUGAAAGGCUUUACCGAAUAAGCAGUCAACAUGGUAAAGCCUCAGUUUAAGGGGAAGAACUCGAUAAACCCUUCUUCAUCCAGCUCGAACCCCGAUCGAGCCAAAGGUGCAGGGGGAAACAACAUGAGGGACAGAGCCACCAUUAAGCGUCUGAAUAUGUACAGACAAAAACAAAGAUGUAACAACCGAGGGAAAGUUAUCAAACCUUUACAGUACCAGUCUACAGUAGCACCAGGAACAGUGGCCAGAGUUGAACCCAACAUCAAAUGGUUUACAAACACUCGAGUGAUAAAGCAGUCAGCCCUCCAGAAGUUUCAAGAGGAGAUGGGAUCAGUACAGAAGGAUCCAUACCGUGUGGUGAUGAGGCAAAGCAAACUGCCCAUGUCUCUUUUGCAUGACAAAGCCAAACCUCAUAACUCUAAGGUGCACAUACUAGACACUGAGGGAUUUGAGACCACAUUUGGACCUAAGGCUCAGAGGAAGCGGCCCAAUCUCCUGGUUGGAGAUGUGAAGGAUCUUGUAGAGAGAGCGGAGGCUUCAGCGUUGAACUACAGUGCCGACAAAGACACGAACUUGGUGACAGAGGACACUGGUGUCCGGGAGGAAGUACGUGAGGAGAUUUUCAAAAAGGGUCAAUCGAAGAGGAUCUGGGGAGAACUCUACAAGGUGAUCGACUCGUCUGAUGUCAUAAUCCAAGUGCUGGACGCCCGUGAUCCGAUGGGAACCCGCUCCAAAAGCAUUGAGACAUAUCUGAAGAAAGAGAAACCUUGGAAACAUCUCAUCUUUGUAUUAAACAAGUGUGAUCUUAUCCCUACCUGGGUCACGAAACGAUGGGUUGCCGUUCUGUCCCAAGAGUAUCCAACUCUAGCUUUCCAUGCCAGCCUGACCAACUCAUUUGGUAAAGGUUCUCUCAUCCAGCUCCUCAGGCAGUUUGGGAAGCUCCACACAGACAAGAAACAGAUAAGCGUGGGUUUCAUUGGCUACCCAAACGUGGGAAAGAGUUCAGUUAUCAACACUCUGCGCUCAAAGAAGGUCUGCAACGUGGCACCCCUCGCUGGAGAAACAAAGGUGUGGCAGUACAUCACACUAAUGAGGCGCAUCUUCCUCAUCGACUGCCCCGGUGUCGUUUACCCAUCAGAGGACAGCGAGUCUGAUAUAGUCCUAAAGGGAGUGGUUCAAGUGGAGAAGAUCAAAAACCCAGAAGAGCACAUCGGUGCGGUACUGGAACGAGCCAAACCCGAGUACAUCCAGAAGACUUACCGAAUCCCAACAUGGAGUUCUGCUGAUGACUUCCUUGAGAAGCUGGCAUUCCGUACUGGGAAGCUUCUAAAGGGAGGUGAGCCCGAUCUCAGUACGGUCUCCAAAAUGGUUUUAAAUGACUGGCAGAGGGGACGGAUCCCCUUCUUUGUGAAGCCUCCUGGACCAGAGGGAGAUCCAGAAGUAAGAGUUUGCAAAGUCUUUUCCUUCUCCUUCACCAGCCUGUUUUUUUUACGUAAAUUACUGGGACUUCUGUAGGAUGAAAAACCAUUGCCCCUGGAAGGUCCACCGGCUGCAGAGCAGAACGUUCAGGAGGA